UGGCGGUUCCGCCAUAAGAAAGUGGCUCGCGAGCUGGCGGCGGCCCUUGCUGUGAGAGGAAAGGAGAGGCCGAUGGUUGCCUGGUGGGUGGGGCCGCGCGCGCUAUAAGCUCCCUGUAGCUUUGGGGCGCGAGGACGGACAAGGGCAGGGUCCGGAGCGGUCGGCUAAGGCUUCAUGGAGCUCCCGCUCCUGCUUCCGUUGCGGACGCUCGUCAGGGGCUGGGAAGGAUCUGUGGAGGCCACGUGCAUAGGGGGGCUCCGCCUCGGGACCCAGCCAGAAGCCUGAGGUUGACCGCCGGCUGCGAAGUCUCCGGGGCGAUCAAGAGAGCGGCGUUCAACGGCCUCCCGCGCCGACCGCCGCAGCCGCCUGGAGGUGGCGGUGACGACGACGACGAGGACUUCGAGCAGAACGACGUCGCUAAAUCCUGGUGGCUCUCUUCCUCCCUUUCGCGUUUCUCUCCUGCUUGUCUCUCCCACCGCCGUUUUCCUUUUCGCCUUUCCCAGAAAAACAAAGCUCUGUCCGAGGGGCAGUUGCCACCAGCUGCGCUUCUUUGCCUCAGGCUUAAGGGCUGCAAUUUUGGGGAAGCCCCAGGAGAGGCGCCCAGGCAGGCUGGAGGGGCGCACCUUUUGACAUCCAAAGGGAAGGACUGCUGGCCUUGGCCUCAAACGUUGGGGUAUGAAUAUUUCUCCCUCUCCCUAUGAAUAAGCUCCCCCCGUAGCCUGACCAGUGCCGUAUCGCUUAGAAUAUCUCCGGGCUUCUUUCUUGUGAUUUGUUUCCAUUUUUUUUUUAACCGUGGGAGUUUUUUCUUCACUCUCCCACCAUCUUAAGCCUUUUCAGCAGUAUUGAAGUGGGUGAACGGAUGGAGAUAUACGCUGGAUUACUUUCUUGCUUCUUUUGACUGUGGAGCAAAUUAAUACAAAUUUAUGCCCAUAAUAAACAUAAGCAUCUUAUUGAGGAGUAUUUUUAACAAUAAAAUAGCAGUUUUUAGAGCUGAAAAUGAUUCUGAAGUGGGUUUUGCCUUACUGGAACUACUUAUCCUCUGUGCCCAUUUUGGUCCUGUUUAACUGUUACCCUCUCCAAGCAAAUGCAGACAAUACCAAUCAAAUAUAUUAUACAGCUCUCAUAAACGUAACUGUGUUGAAUCCUGAUCGUUCAACAUCUGCUUCCAUAACACUUGAGCGUGGACGCUAUGGACAAACUUCUCCCAAAAUAGGUGUCAAAGGCCUACUUCUGGCACCUUUGCCAAUCAAUGGAGUUCCAGAUCGUUUAGGAUGUGAUCCACGAACACGGUUUCAAGUUCCUCCAAACACAAAACAGUGGAUUGCUUUGUUGCAACGAGGAAAUUGUACUUUUAAACAAAAAAUUCUGCGGGCAGCUUCACAUAAUGCUUCUGCCGUGGUAAUUUACAACAAUGUAUCUGGCGAAGAGCCUGUUACUAUGACUCAUCAAGGAACUGGAGACAUCGUUACGGUAAUGAUCACCGAAAUGAAGGUUAAAGAAAUCCUGAAUUAUUUAGAAAAAAAUAUGUCCAUCCUAAUUUCAAUAGCUGUGGGAACACGCUAUCCAAGCAAAAAUGUUAAUCGAAGUUCCCUUGUCUUUGUAUCCGUAUCAUUUAUAGUUUUGAUGAUAAUUUCUUCAGCGUGGCUAAUAUUUUAUUUCAUUCAGAAGAUCAGAUAUACCAGUGCACGUGAUCGAAACCAGCGCCGUCUUGGAGAUGCUGCCAAAAAAGCUGUUGGUAAACUAACAGCAAGAACUGUAAAGAAAGGUGAUAAGGAAACAGAUCCAGACUUUGAUCACUGUGCUGUCUGCAUUGAAAGCUAUAAGCAAAAUGAUGUUGUACGCAUUCUACCAUGCAAGCAUGUUUUUCAUAAAACCUGUGUAGAUCCAUGGCUGAGUGAGCAUUGUACCUGUCCUAUGUGUAAACUGAACAUUUUGAAGGCCUUGGGAAUUGUGACAAAUGUACCGUGUGCUGACAAUAUGGCCUUUGACAUGGAAAGACUAACCAGAAGCCAGCUAGGUAACAGGAGAUCAGUACUUGGUGACCUUAGCGGUGACAGUUCACUCACUCUUGAGCCCCUACGUACUUCUGGAAUAUCACAAUUUCCCCAGGAUGGAGAGCUGACUCCAAGGACAGGCGAGAUCAACAUUGCUGUAACUAAAGAAUGGUUUAUUAUUGCCAGCUUUGGCCUCCUAAGUGCCCUGACACUCUGCUACAUGAUCAUCAAAGCCACUGCAAGCUUAAAUGCUAAUGAAGCUGAAUGGUACUGAAGAUACAAUCUAACCAGCUGCUGCAGGGAGAAAGUGCUUAUUUCUAUGUAUCAUUUUUUUGAUAAUGUAACAAGAAUCUGUUGGUACACUGUGUUUUCAUAAUUUACUAAUGCUAAAGCUUUGUAUUAAGAAAAUGAUCAAUAAAUUUUUUGAAAAAAUUA